GGUGACAUUGCAUUUUAGUACACACGCCGAGAAUCUAGUUCAGAGUGAUUUCCAUGUUUUUUUUUUACCCUCGACAAUGGUACUUUGUUUUUUAUUCCCCUCAUAAAUCCAAAGGCGAAAAGAUGAGAAAUUUCUUAUGGUUUGUGUCACUCGCAUUUCAUCCACUUGUAGCGUAGUACUCGCCCAUACGACAAAAGAAAAAGCAACAAAAUGUCUUCCACCUUUACCGCAACCUCUUUUGCUCCUUCGUCCUCCUUUGCUAGUACCAGCUCCAGUACCGGUUUCUUUCCCCACCCCCCUACCUUAAACGACGCAAACUGUGAUGAGGAACUUACCUGCCAGCGCUGGCUGUACGUGACCGCCGGGCAGGAACUGGGGCAGGCGCUUUACGCGAAACAAGUGGGAGAGGAUGAGAGUUCCACAACUACAUCAAAAGCGAAAAGUUCAUCAUCCUCUUCAUCUUCCCAACAAAAACUGCAGGAAGAACUCUCCAUCAUUUCCGAUUACGCGAGCCAGAACUUCACACUUAAACUUUCAAAAUCGCCGAGCAACAAUCAUUACCAGAUGGAUAACAAUUCCAUCGACCUUCCUUUGAACAAAAUCAAGCUCUACGGGCCGCGUGGUUACCAGCCGAGGUUUAACGAUGAGAAAAUGCGGUUAGAAUUUCGCUUCGAGGGCGCCUUGUCGGUGUUGGAAAGAUUGGGGUUGGCGGAUGAGCAGUUGAUCCAACGAGAGUUCGAAAGAGUGGUGAAACGGCAAGUGAGAACGGCAGUGGAACAAGAGUUAAAGGCGUUGGAGGAAAAGCGGAACAAAAUGCGGGAAUCGGAAAAAUUGGCGGAGGACGUGCGGAGGAAGAAGUUCGACGGAGAGGUUUUGCACAACGAACGGUACGAAAAGUUUUUGGAGCAGCAAAGGUGGUCUUACAGGAUUUUGGCGAUUGUUAAAAGGGUUAUAUUUCUUGGACGAGGAGAUGAAAGCAAGGCUGUUUCAGAUUCGGAGGGAAGAUCAGGCGAAAAAUCUCACGCGCUGAGGUCCGUUGCUGAUGAGGACCACAUGGAGGAUGAUUUCAUGCGCAACACCAACCGCUCGUCCACUGCAAGUAGCAACAGCACCUCGGGAGGAACUUCUACCAACGAACAGAAAACGACUAAGACUAACCUGGUGAACCGAAAGCAGAAAGGGAUUCUUGCAUCCUCUGCAGCUGCUUUUGGCGAAAACUCCGAUGGUGCAGGCGAAUUCGACAAUUUUGAUUUUCCCUCGUCUUCGUCUACCACAAGCACAGCCUCGACGACUGCUACGGAAUCAACAGCAAAAUCCUCGCACCACCCGCAAAUAACCGCCGAAGCUUUGGAUGAGGAGUGGAACUUGGUGUUCAGCAGGGGAGUACCCGAACUGGAGUUGCAGUACAACCCCAGUUCGUUUGAACCAAAUGCGUCGACCUCGUGCAGCAACAUCACCGAAGAUGGGAUUUCCAACCCGUUAGUUACCGAAAUCGUCUUCCGGUGCACCAUGAACACGAAAUGUGCGAAGAUCAUCGGGCAGCAGGCGUAUCCGAAUGUUUUUCAAUCGAUACUGACGUAUUACUAUGAUGUGGAGCAGGCGUUGCCGUUGCCGACCUGGGUCUACGGGAUGGUGGGAUUUGGCUUCUUCCUUUUGUUUUGGAUGAUUGUCGCCUUUGCGCAAGCGAGACAUUGAAUAGGUGCUUAAUACAUGCUCGCUGGUGGAGACCUAUGUCCUGCCGUGGUUGCUGGUCGUGCAAGUGAACGAUUUUUUCUCAACGCAAGAAUCUAUCAGGUGAAUCAGGUGAAAAAAAUGUUUUGAAACUACCCAGUCAUCCAUG